AUGCUAUGGGACGUCGACGUGACUAUCCAAAUACGACAAUGGCCUCAAGCUCAAAUUGAGAGCAGUGGCUCAUCAUUCUGCCCUUACGCUGUUGUUGCACAUGGCCAAUUCUACGGGCUUGGUGUACACAGUGAAAUAUUUGCUGUUUUCAACAAAACAACCUCUCAAUACAUGCAUCAGCUUGUCAAGGUGGAUGGGGUACGCCUUGAAGGGUUCAUUAGCCAGAGACUCUUUCUCACAGCCCGCGAAAAAGGCGCCAACACCAUGCCCGUGGACAUCAACGUCUACGGAAAGAGAGAAAAUGCCUUCUCCGUCGGAAAUGUUCUCUCCUCGUUUGGGGUAGAUUUACAACAGCCAGUUUGUGGCUUGGAAGACGCUGCUUACUACAAUCCUCACUUCUUUCAUGUGGAGGAGUUAUUGGGCCUGGGUCCGGUCCAUCGAACUCCGCUUUUCCAAAUCAGCGCGAAGGUUGACAUGAAUACUCAUGGGGUUGAAUCUAGCGGUCCUGCAACGCCUGAGCAAGACCGAAAUCUGGACAUAUCUACUGAGAUAAACAGUGUACUCCGCUCAUUGUCCCAUCAUGCUAUACUGAGCAAAAAGGCUGGGGCUGUCGCGCUUAAAUCGCAACUCAAGGAGUACCAGAUGGAAGGGCUGGAUUUUAUGUGCAGGCGUGAGACUGGAGAGCUUCCGCCUGAGUUGACUCUAUGGAAACCGGUUGUGAAUGAUAAUGGAGACCUGGUUUAUCAACACACCAUCAUCGGCGCAAGGCGACCGCAACCGUCGGACAUCAAGGGUGGAAUCCUGGCCGAUGAAAUGGGAGUUGGGAAGACGAUGGUUGCAUUGGCAACCAUAGCUGCAUCGCUUGAUCGAGCUUCAGACUUUGCAUCGAGCAGCCCGGCAGACAAGGCAAACAAUACUCUGCGACGAAGGUCAAAGGCUACUCUCGUCAUUGCUCCCUCAUCUCCGAGUGAGCCGGACAGGGGUAUAGGUAUUCUGGAUAGUGUUGAAUGGUUCAGGUUAGUCCUAGACGAAGCCCACGAAAUUCGCAACACCACGACCAAACAAUUCCAGGCGGCAUCCAGGCUUUCUGCUGAACACCGCUGGUGUCUGACCGGCACGCCAAUCCAAAACUCAGUCGAGGAUCUCGGCGCGCUCGUUGCUUUCUUACGUGUUCCUCUCUUCGAAACAGCCUCGACCUUUCGCAGGUACACCCUCAAUCAAGCCAAGCACGGCAACAGAAGUCCAUUCAAGAACCUGCAGAUCCUCUUAAACUCGAUAUGCCUUCGGCGGACCAAGGAUGUGGCCGGGAUGUCCGAUCCCGUCGUUCAGACGCAGGUGUUGUCGUUCGACCCAUCAGAGAGACGAGACUACACGAGACUGGUGGACCAACUUCGAACACACUUCGACAUGGAUAUCAGUGGGCACACAGCAGGAGGAGGGAGCGCGCGAAUGCUGCAGGGUAUCCUCAAGCUGCGGCUGUUCUGCAAUAACGGCUUUAUGGGCCGGGACGCUUCCAAUAUGGCGUUCGACGCGGACGAGGUGCUGAGCUGCUUGCAGCAAACCGGCCAGGCGUCAUGCGUCUUGUGCUCACGCACCAUCUACUCCAUCAGUAGUGUCGCCGACACGGACGGAGGCUGUCCACUGGAGCCGUGUUGGCAUCUCGCCUGCAGGGAAUGCGCCAAGGGGCCGAGCAAGAAGAAAUCAUGCCCUCGAUGCGUCGAAGGAGAUACGGGCUCCAGCAUCCGUGGAGUCUUGCAGAGCAUGAAGGAUCUACAAGCACAAGAUACAACCUCCGUUGAUGAGCCGUCACACACACCACAGUACCCGUCAAAGCUUCGGGCCUUUGUAGAAGACAUCCAGGUGCAGCUGGCUGCCAAAAGUAUUGUCUUCUCCUUUUGGAAGACGACUCUGGAUCUCAUCGGCCAACUUCUGACAGCCAGGGGCUUGGGUUUCUAUAUGAUCCACGGCUCACUCCCACUCAGCGAGCGACGGCGCAUCCUGGAUGGUUUUCGUUCGGCUGGGAAUGCCCACAUACUCUUGAUGACGCUGGGUACUGGGGCAGUUGGACUGAACCUGGCAGUUGCGUCGAGGAUCUACCUCCUCGAGCCGCAGUGGAACCCGCAACUUGAGCAACAGGCAUUCGGACGAGCCCAGAGACUGGGGCAGAUGGAACAGGUCACGAUCGUCCGCUACGUCAUGAAGGACACCGUAGAAGAUAGUAAUGUCUGGCCGAGACAGGCCAAGAAGCUGCGAGAUGCGGCACGGGGCUUCGAGAAGUCGGGUCGGAAGCCACGAUCUGGAAAUGAGCAGGAUCUCCGUGAUGUCUUCACCCACGCGAGUCCGGCUGUGAUGCCAACAGGAAUGCCGUCGAUCUCAGACUUGUGCAGUUAG